CCCCAAAGUUCCCUCAUAUGACGGAAUUCUCUCUCUCUCAUCCCAAUCUCCUUCCUCUUCUCAUGGAUCAUCAACCCUCUCAUCAAUCCCCCAUAACACAAAAGCCACACAUUCUCUCUCUCCCAAACUUGAUCACCAAGAGAGAACUAAUCGGUGCUCUCUGUUUUCUCUCCCUUCUCAUGGUCACCGUCACCUUCUUCACAACCACAAGCCCAUUCCUGCCACGGUCUCUUCUUGGUAUUGGUUUUCUACGACAAGAUUUUCCCAAAAGCCAAAAUCCUACGUCAGGAGUUUGUGAUUACUCAACUGGUAAAUGGGUUCCAGACGAAAAUUGCCCGCUCGGGGCUUACUCCGAGGAUUGCCCGUUUCUUGAUCCUGGUUUUAGAUGCCGGAGAAACGGGCGUAGGGACGGGGAUUACUUGAAAUGGCGGUGGCAGCCGGAGGGCUGUAAUCUUCCUAGAUUCAACGCUAGCGAUUUUCUCGAUCGAACCCGCAAUGGCCGAAUAGUUUUUGCCGGCGAUUCUAUUGGCAGAAAUCAGUGGGAGUCCCUUCUAUGUAUGCUUUCACAAGGUGUUUCAAACCACUCCACAAUACAGGAAGAAUAUGGAAACCCGAUAACCAAACACAAUGGCUUCCUCUCAAUGCGGUUUGACGAACACAACCUCACCGUCGAAUACUACAGAACACCUUACUUGGUAACAGUGAGCCGGCCGCCAAAAAAUACAUUGAAGGACGUCCGGGGAACAAUUAGGGUUGAUAUGCUCCAUUGGUAUAGUGAAAAGUGGGCUGCAGCAGAUGUUCUUGUGUUCAAUGCCGGACAUUGGUGGAACCAUUACAAAACCCUAGACAUGGGCAUAUACUUCCAGGAAGGAGGGACAGUGAACAUGAGCAUGGGUGUCAUGGAAGCAUUUCGGAGGUCCCUGGAAACUUGGAAAUUAUGGGCGACGCUAAAUUUAGACCCUGCAACAAGUUUUACUUUCUUCCGAAGCUACUCCCCGGUGCAUUACAGGAACGGAACAUGGAAUGAAGGGGGAAGCUGCGACACUAACACAACACCAGAGACUGAAUACAAAAAGAUGGAAGCCGAGCCACCAAGCAAUCUGAUCAUUUCCGACAUACUAAAACAGAUGGGAACUAAUGACAGAAAAGUGCAGCUCUUGAACAUAUCAUAUCUUACAGAGUUUAGAAAAGAUGGUCACCCGUCAAGCCACCGUGAGCCAGGGACUCCACCCGAUGCUCCACAAGACUGUAGCCAUUGGUGCCUACCUGGAGUUCCAGACACAUGGAACCACUUUCUCUAUGCCCACCUAGUGUCAAAGGGAUUCAGGACUAAGUUAAAAUGAAAAGCAGUAAGAAUUUGAGAUGGCUUUUAUCCAAGGUUGUUUCCAAUCUUUCACCUUCUAAAUUUGAUUUGGGGCCUGGGGCAACUAACUUUUCCGGCCUUAUGUGGAGCGCGCGUACUACGAUGACCAGGCUUAAUUAAGUAUAUGAUGACCAGGAAUCAGUAGACUAUCAAUAUUCUUAGCAAGUGGUUUGGUUCUUCCCUAAGUAGAUGCAGAAUUAGAUCAUGACUAGACACUUUCUUGAUUGUGAAGUUGUUUUUUCCUGUAAAUCCAUCUGCAUAUAUAUCUUGGUGGGAAAAUUCUCUCUUUCGUACUUCAACAACCAAUACGCUUGGCUGAUGAAGAAAAAGGAAGUUUUUGCCAACAACUUGAGCCUGAGAAAAGCCACGACCAAUAAAAAGAUAAUUCCUUCGCAUAAGAA